AUGAUUAUUUUAUUACAAAAUAAAUUUUUGUAUGUACCCUACUUACCAAUUGGAUGUCGUAACGAUCGAUUUGAUGAAUCGUUGAUUGACAAACGAUUGGUAUGUAAACUAGUAGAAGCCAAAUCAGACGAUGGAUGUAAAUUGAUUGGGAUUAUUAUUCGAAAUAAAAGUUUAAAAGGAGAAAAUCCUAGUAUUAUUAGAGAUGCAAUCGAGAAUUUCAGUAAACAAGACCCGGUUUUAAUAUACUUUCAAGGAAAUGCUGGUAAUAUGCUCCAUCGGCUUCCAAUCUUUUAUCGUCUACUAUUACCGACCACAUCAAAGUCCACAAUUACCAAUUUAAUCAUCGUUGCAAUUGGUUAUAGAGGAUAUUGGCUGUCCAAUGGAUCACCAUCAGAAGAUGGAUUAAAGAUGGAUGCAACAUCCAUUUACAAAUUCGUACGAAGUUUGUAUCCGGAGAAUCCAAUUUACGUUUAUGGGCAUUCAUUGGGAGGUGCGGUGGCAUUAUACUUAGCAUCGCAUCCACAAAUUCAAUCCGAUAUCAAAGGUACAAUUAUUGAAAAUACAUUCACGUCGAUCAAAGAUAUGGUGAUAGAAUUAUAUCCCCAAAAAUGGUUGCCUUAUCGAUAUUUGGCAAGCAUUCCUUUGUUUCUUCGUAACAGAUGGGAAAAUGAUGAAAUGGUAAAAUCUAUAAAUUCGCCGAUAUUGUUUCUUUCAUCUAGAAACGAUGAGAUAGUGCCACAACAACACAUGAUAAAAUUGUUCGAAUCAGCAAACAAUUCUAAAAAAAAAACUUGGAUUGAUUUUGAAAAUUCAAUGCAUGAAAAUAUUUUUUUGAGCAAUAAAUUUGUACUCGCGAUCUGUUUGUGUAUUGAUUAA